AUGGCUCCAUACAUGAAUCACUUCAAGUUCUUGCAAACCAUCUUCUUUCUAUACGUGUUGGUGACAGUGAAGAAUGUGACUGGAUCAUCAUUAAGCCAUGAUGAAGAAUGCUCAGCCUUGUUUCAGUUUAAGCAGAGCAUAAUUCAUCAAGAUGAUGUUGCUUGUGGUGCUCAUGGAUCUCAAGUGUUUCAUUCUUGGAACAAUAGUUUUGAUUGUUGUUCAUGGGAAGGGGUGGCAUGCAACCAUGACCAUGGUCAUGUGAUCGGCCUUGACUUGAGCGAGAGGUCUCUUUGUGGGCAUAUCAACGCCAACAGCACCCUCUUCAACCUUGUUCAUCUUCAGAGACUCAACCUUUCUGGGAACGACUUUGGUGAAUCUGAAAUCCCUUCUGAGAUUGGUCGUCUAAAGCAAUUAAGAAGCCUCGAUCUCUCUUAUUCUGGAUUUAGUGGCCAAAUCCCAUCUGAAAUCUCGCAGUUGAUUCAGUUGUCUUCUUUAGAUCUGUCAAUGAAUUCACUAAGGCUUCACAAUCCUAGCCUCAAGAACCUUGUGCAAAACUUAACAGGGCUUGAACAGCUCCAUCUGUCGGGGGUUGAUAUCAGUUCUUCUGUACCUCAUUUCUUGGCCAACUUUUCUUCUUUGAGGUCAAUCAAGCUGAGAAACUGUUUCCUGCAGAAUGAAUUCCCUGGGGCCAUACUUGAGUUACCUAAGUUGCAACUUCUUGAUUUGGCAUACAAUACUGACCUCACAGGAUCCUUUCCCGAAUUUCGUAACAACAGCUUACUUGAAAAGGUGAUACUACCUCUCACAGGUUUCUUUGGGAUUAUACCAGAAUCCAUAAGCCACCUCAAGCAUUUGACAGUCUUGUCCCUUUAUAAUUGCUCUUUCUAUGGGCGCAUUCCACGUUCACUCUCUAACUUGACGCAACUCACUAUCUUGGCUCUUGGUGAAAAUCACUUCACAGGUUCAGUUCCUUCAUUUGGAAGUCUUUUGAAACUCGAUGUUUUGGAACUUACUGGUAACAGAUUUGAGAAAGGACGCUUUCCCAAUUGGCUUGGAAAGCUGACUAAACUUAGUGAACUCUAUCUGUCUGAUACGAACACAAACAGUACUGAAAUCCCACUCUUUCUUGCCAACCUAACCAAACUUAAUGUGUUAAUUAUGGAGGAAAAUUCUCUUAUUGGCCGUUUACCAUCCUGGUUGUUCAACCUCACCCAACUAACAUAUUUAAAUCUUCUGAUGAAUCAAUUGCAAGGACCAAUUCCAAACACAUUUUCCAGCCUCAAAAGUCUUGAGUAUCUUAACCUAGGGUCAAACAAUUUCAGUGGUAGGGUAGAGCUCGACAUGUUCCUAGGACUCAACAAACUUCAAACAUUAGGCUUAGGUUAUAACAGGAUAUCAUUAGUAACCACCAACAACUACACCAAUACCACUUUACCAGAAUUGCAUAAGUUAGGACUAUCAUCAUGCAACUUGAAGGAAUUUCCUGCCUUUUUGCACUUCCAAAAUAAAUUGAGAUUCCUACUUCUUGACGUCAACAAAAUUGAUGGGCUGGUACCGGUGUGGAUCUGGAACAACAGCCGGGAAACAUUAGAGCUGAUUAACCUUUCACACAACUCCAUCACUGGCUUUGAUCAGCAACCUCAUUUUCUCCCAUGGAGAAUUUUAGAAGUAUUUUUUAUUGCCAACAAUCAGCUACGAGGACAACUACCAAUUCCACCACAAUCCACAGUUGAUUAUCUAGUCUCACAUAAUAAUCUGACAGGAGAAAUACCACCAUCGAUAUGUGAAUUGAAAUCUCUUCAAUACUUAGAUUUAUCUUUUAACAACAUGAGCGGAACACUUCCUUCAUGUUUGGGCAUCUUAAGCAAUUCAUUUACGAGUCAGCUGCCAAGAUCAUUGAGACAUUGUACCAAUUUAGAGUUUCUUUCUCUUGGAGAUAACUCUUUUCAUGACGUCUUUCCUUCUUGGCUGGGAACUCUAUCCAACCUUCAGGUUUUGGUUCUGCGGUCCAACAAAUUUUAUGGUUCAAUUCAAGGUUCCUCACAGUUCCCUAAGUUGCGGAUCAUAGACCUCUCUAACAACAAUUUCAGUGGUCAGUUGCACCAAAACCACUUCCAAACAUGGCAUGCCAUGAGCUCCAACCAUCUUGGUGUUUCAUCUGUUAUGGAAUCAAAUAUAUCCUCUAAAAAUGUCAAUACACAUUGGCCUUACACCGUGACAUUAACACACAAAGGUGUCAGAACAGAGUACGAUCAGAUUUUAACCAUAGUUAUGUCCAUUGAUCUCUCUUGUAACCAUUUUGAAGGAGAAAUCCCAGCAUCACUCCAACAUCUUCAAGGGCUUCAAUCGCUCAAUCUUUCCAACAAUCAUUUUACUGGACGUAUCUUGCCAUCUUUAGGGAACCUAACAAAUCUUGAAGCUUUGGAUCUCUCUCGAAACGAACUAUCCGGGGAAAUUCCUCAAAAGUUGGUGCAACUCGGCUUCCUUUCCAUCUUCAAUGUGUCAUUCAACCAUCUUCAGGGGCGUAUCCCACAAGGAAAACAGUUUGAUACAUUCGAUAACAGCUCUUACAUAGGGAAUCCCCGACUGUAUGGACGACCUUUAUCCAAGGAAGGUCAAGAUUUAAAGGUUCCAGGAGUUCAACCAACAAGCAAUGUGUCCGAGUCUCUCUUCCCGAGUGAAAGAAUUGAUUGGAUCUUUGUAUUCUGUGGAGUUGGAAGCGGUCUGGUUGUUGGGGUUGUUAUUGGAAACUUUCUAUAUGAAAGGUAUAGUUAUCGGUUCACAAAGAGGAAGGACAGAUGGGUAAGGCCACUUCGUAACACGAGGAGAAACUAA